AUGGCGUUUGGCAUGAUGCUGGACGCCAGCCCUUGUCCAACUCUCAAAGGAGCUGCCAGUCACAAAGAGAAAACCAUGAAAUGCUGCCAUUAUAAAAGGGGACCAAAGGGCCGCCCGACACCUGAUCUCCCCCUGCGGCCCUGCUGCCCUUUUGUCCCGGUAUUCCAUAUCUCCCACCGGGCACUGUCGUGCAUUACAUUAAAAAAAAAAAAAAAAGUCAGCGAGCGUUGGAGCAACGAUGGACCGCAGGCUCAGCGUUGGCGUGCUCAGACAUGGGAAAUAAGCAGACCAUUUUUACGGCAAAGCAGCUGGACGCCUACCAGACUCUUCCACCGCUAUCACGAUUUGGCACCGCAGCUCGUUCCCCUCGACUACACCAACCAGCCAGAUGUGAAGCUACCAUACGAGCUGAUUGGCUGCAUGCCCGAGCUGAAGGACAAUCCCUUUCGCCAGAGGAUCGCCGAGGUCUUCUCAGAGGACGGAAAGGGAAACAUGACGCUGGACGACUUUCUGGACAUGUUCUCCGUUCUGAGCGAGAUGGCGCCACGGGACCUUAAGGCCUACUAUGCCUUUAAGAUUUACGACUUCAACGACGACGACUUUAUUUGCAAGUCGGACCUGGAGAAGACUCUCAACAAGCUGACCCGCAACGAGCUGACGGAAGACGAGGUACGCAUGGUGUGCGAGAAGGUGCUGGACGAGGCCGACCUGGACAACGAUGGCCGUCUGUCGCUGGAAGACUUUCAGCAUAUGAUCGUACGAGCGCCAGACUUUCUCAGCACCUUCCACAUAAGGAUAUAAGUUUGACUGCCACCUACCAAUGCACUUCAAAUGCCGACGACUGAGAGGAAAGUGG